AUGUCGCACCGCACGUGCCGCUUAGAAGAGAAAAAGAUUGAAAAAUACUUGUUUGAAGACAUCCCUUCAGGUAAUGAGAGCAUUUAUAGCUAUGAAGAUGACAAAGAAGAGGCAGAAAAUCAGCCAAAUCUGAUGGUGCUAGGUGAUUUUAUUGGAGUUCAAAUUGCUCAUGACGACAUUUAUGAUUCUGACGAUGACCUCCCUUUGUCUAGCCGGUCACAACGGAAUCCUGAUUCUACAGAGUCUAAUAAUGUAAGUUCAAACAUGCCGGUUAUGAUUGCUCCAAAAUGGAAGAAGAAUUAUAGAGUGGAUAUUAUGCCUGAAACUCAAUCCAAACCGCUGUUGUACAACAGUCCUCUUAAUCGAACACUGAAACAGAAACACCACGCUCUCAAAGAGGUAUUUCAUCAGACCAUCAAUCCUCCUAUCAAACAGUCAACCCACCAAACAACGAAACAUUCUCUGUCGCAGUCGACCAAUCACACUCAUCCAAUCAAGCAAGCAUUACAAACGAGCAAAUACCAUCACCCUCUCUCCAGGACCAGUAAUCCUCCUCUCGCACUGCUGCAGUCAACCCACCACACAAAACUAGUCAGACUAAGAAAAAACGUGUAG